GAGGGGGCUGGGGACCUGCCUGCUGCUGAUGGUGGUGUUUUGGGGGUCGGGGCCCAUUGGGGCCCAGCGCAAGAAGGAGAUGGUGUUGUCGGAAAAAGUUAGCCAGCUCAUGGAAUGGACCAACAAAAGGGCUGUAAUUCGAAUGAAUGGGGACAAAUUUCGCCGUCUUGUUAAGGCCCCACCAAGGAACUACUCUGUCAUCGUGAUGUUCACUGCUCUUCAGCCUCACAGACAAUGCGUCGUGUGCAAACAGGCGGAUGAGGAGUACCAGAUUUUAGCCCACUCCUGGAGAUUUUCCAGCGCAUUCACCAACAAGAUCUUUUUCGCCAUGGUGGAUUUCGAUGAAGGGUCGGAUGUAUUUCAGAUGCUAAACAUGAAUUCAGCCCCGACGUUCAUCAACUUCCCAGCUAAAGGGAAACCCAAGCGUGGGGACACCUACGAGCUGCAGGUGCGAGGCUUUGCCGCGGAGCAGCUGGCCCGUUGGAUAGCCGACCGGACGGACGUCAACAUUAGAGUAAUUAGGCCUCCAAAUUACGCCGGCCCCCUCAUGUUGGGCAUCCUUUUGAUUGUCAUCGGCGGGCUCGUGUAUCUUCGGAGGAGCAAUCUGGAUUUUCUCGCGAACAAAAAUGGAUGGGCCUUUUUAGCUUUGUGCUUUGUGUUUGUAAUGACGUCUGGCCAAAUGUGGAAUCACAUAAGAGGACCGCCAUAUGCUCAUAAGAAUCCCCAUACAGGACAAGUGAAUUAUAUCCAUGGAAGCAGCCAAGCCCAGUUUGUAGUUGAGACGCACAUUGUUCUGCUCUUCAAUGUCGGUGUUACUUUGGGGAUGAUAUUCCUGCAUGAAGCGGCUACAUCUGCUAUGGACAUAGGAAAACGAAAGAUAAUGGGCGUGGUUGGUAUUGGGCUCGUAGUCAUAUUCUUCAGUUGGUUGCUGUCUGUCUUCAGAUCUAAAUACCAUGGCUAUCCAUACAGCUUCCUAAUGAGUUAAACCAGAUUCCAGAGGCGCCCAGACCCCGGAGCCCAGCAUCUUGGAAAAUAUGUGUGUGUUUCGGAACAGAACAGCUCCAACUUGUGUGGUUCAACCUAACCCCUCUCACAAAGGAUGGCGACAGUUAAGCAUUGAACCAAAGAAGAUGCGUAAUGCCUUAAUGUCAACCGGCAAUCCGCUCUCUAGUCGAAAUCCAUGGAGUAUUAAGAUGCAUUCCUCCUCUUCUAUUUUCCAUCUCCUUCCCCUCCUCGUAAGCAACACAGAAUGUUCAUCUGAGUGAAAAUCUGAAUAGAAAACGGAUUGCCGAUAUCCUUAGAUUAUGUCUUUAAAGCCAAUUAGGAGAUGCUUUAACUUUCUCCUGUUGACUUUUGGGUCCCCCGAAGCAAUACUCUCACCACUCCAGGGUGAGAGGCUCUCCUGCUGAAUUAUCUUUCCCCACCCCAGGAAACUGCAGGGAUUUCUGCUAGAUUUCCAGUCUGCUUCCCCAUCCAUUCAUGGUUGUCGAUGUCCUUGAACAUCUCCGCUUCAAACGGAAAAACCAGACGGGAAACGGUCAGUCUUGCAGCUCAGGUUCUGAAAGCACGCUUUGGAUAUUUAGAGAGCAAGGUUCUCUUUCUUCUUAGGCCUCUUGGCCAAAAAAAUACAGUGCCAUUCUCCUCUGUAGCUAGAAUCUAAAGGCUUCCCAAGGUAUAGAACUAUGGUUUUCUUAAGUGGGUUUGACUGGCCACAUAUGUAUUUAGAGAGCUUCCAGAUUCAUUCCUUUUCUCCUCACUGUUUUUGGUUGGAAGGUUGCUUCUUUAAAGUCAUUAUUCACAGUUUGGGAAUAUAAUGGAGGGUUGUUUUCUCCAGACCGGCUCAGGAGGAGGUGUGAGAGGGCUUGGGUUGGCUGGAGGAGUCCCCCAGCCGGAUAUAUUCCCAUCUCCCCUUUGUAGCCCAGGGGAAGCUGAACCGGUCCAGGACCAAUUUUAUUGCUCCUCGUUAGGGUCUUGGUGGGCUUAAACACACAGCCAGAAACAAGGUGGAUCCCAAAAUGCGGGGUUCAUUUAAGUUAUUGCUUAGCAGCUCUCCUUUCUCACUUAGGAAGCAAGGGUCAAAAGCGCUAGGGUUUUUGCCCUGUCCUCACUUUUUAUUUUUUUCGGCUGUGGAAAUGCCAGAAACCAGAGCUGACACAUUCAGUUAUGCUAAAAGAAAGCAAUGUCC